AUGUCUUGGUUAUUGGGAUCGCGUUUCAAAGCAACCCCUCCGGCUGAGGGUGGCGAUGGAGGAGAGGGCAUUAUGGGUCAGCCUCCAGCAGGCAGUGGCUCCCCUGGUGGUGGUGGUGGUGCUGCUGCAGUCGCAGCAGCUGCUGCUGCAAAGAAGUCUGCCAUGGAAGCGUAUACGUUUGAUUCUGGAGCUCUGGAAAGAGCUGCUCAGGCUGCCAAGGAACUGGAAAAAUCAGCUCAUGCGAAGCAGGCUCUGGAGCUGAGCAAGAUGCAGGAGUCAACGAGACAGGCAGAGCUUCAAACGAGGGCCAAAGAGUUCGAGGCGGCCAUUGAGCAAAUGAAACUGGACACGAAGCGAGUGGAGGCGGAGGAGCGGCGGAAAACGUUGGCUGAAGAGACGAAACAGCACCAACAGCGAGCCCAGUAUCAAGACCAGUUGACCAGACGACGGUAUGAGGACCAGCUGGUGCAACAGCAACGCCAACAAGAAGAACAGCUUCGGUUGCAAGAAGAAAGUGUGAAGAAGCAAGAGGCUAUGCGGAGGGCCACGCUGGAGCGUGAGUUGGAGCUGAGAGCUGAGUCGGAUUCUAGGAGGGCCAAGGCUGAGCAGGAGGCGAAGGGCAAGGUGGCCAGGGCCAAUCAUGAUCUUACCAUGAGUGAGAUCAAAUUGCAGGCGGAAGAGCGAAGAAAAACCAUUCUGGAGUCGAUCUCAACGGCGUCGUCUGCAUUCGGCGCCGGUUUCCAGUCCUUUGUCUCCGACUGGGACAAGGUGAUGACUGCCGCCGCCGGAGUGUCGGUCCUAGCGUUCGGCGUGUACGCUGCUCGCAUGGGCACGGGCGUCGCUGGCCGGUUUGUCGAGUCUCGCCUCGGGAAGCCGUCGCUGGUGCGGGACACGUCCCGGCUGUCCCUGACGGACGCCAUCCGUCAUCCCGUGCUGACUGCGCGUCAACGACUCGUGCCGCGGAUAGCGUUUUGGCGCAAGUCGUGGGGUGCCCAAGAUGCCCUAUCUGGAGUCGUACUUGAGCCGCGGUUGGAGGAGCGUUUGAGGGACAUCGCAAUUGCCACUCGGAACACGAAGCAGAACCGUGGCGUUUACCGGAAUGUGCUGAUGCACGGACCCCCGGGCACGGGCAAGACCCUGUUUGCCAAAAAGUUGGCGGCGCAUUCGAGCAUGGACUUCGCCAUCCUGACUGGCGGCGAUGUGGCGCCGAUGGGCCGAGACGGCGUCACUGCCAUCCACAAGGUCUUUGACUGGGCCUCCACGUCCCGACGAGGUCUCAUCCUCUUCGUCGACGAAGCUGAUGCGUUUUUGCGCAAGCGGAGUUCCGAACACAUAUCGGAGGAUUUGCGAGCCGCGUUGAAUGCUUUCUUGUACCGCACCGGCGACCAAAGUGACAAGUUCAUGUUGGUGCUGGCGUCGAACACCCCGGAACAGUUUGACUGGGCUGUCAACGAUCGACUGGACGAGAUGGUGGAGUUCUCGUUGCCGGGACGAGAUGAACGGGAGCGACUCGUGCGACUUUACUUCGACAAGUUUAUUUUACAGCCGGCAACCGGCGGUGGAGGGUCUUCGGCCAAGCGCCGCCUCAAGAUUGACCAGUUUGACUACGGCGCCCUCUGCUCCAAAGUGGCGGACGCGACUCAGGGCAUGAGCGGUCGAGAGAUUGCCAAAUUGGCGGUCGCCUGGCAGGCGUCGGCCUACGCGAGCGAAAGCGGUGUACUAACGGAGGAGAUGAUCAUGAACAAGGCGAGUAUCGAAUUUGUGAAUGAUGCCGCCCAGCAGCACAAGCAAAAGGUGUUCUGGAGAGACGACAGGGAGAAGGCAGAGUUCAAGUCCCUUCGAUACCGAUCGCCAGGUCUUUCAGCAGCAGAAGCAGCGACAACACCCGCGCCGGUCACUGCCUGAGGGCAAGAACUCGGCUAAAAGAAAAACAAAAAUUGAAACAAAGGAAAAGACGUAGUGAGUUUUGCGUUGACGAAACUUCGGCAUUACUGUGGCUUUCGUUUCUGUGGAGAAAAUUUCCUGACGUUGCCGAGGAAAUGGUCGUGUUUUGUUGCAAUCGGGGAUGAUGUGUUCCGUCGAUUUGGGGGAUAUUGUUUCCUGCCCUGUUGUUGGUUGCUUUGUGAGCGCUUCCGCCGAAAAGCUCAUGUUUUUCUUUCCCACGAAAGAGCGGAUUUCUGCGAAGUGCUUGUGAUUCAUACAUUGGGGAGGAGGCGAGAACAAAGAAGACCUUCUUGCCAGAAA